CAGCUAGUUACAACAAACUAUGGCGCGCACUAUCCGCAGUAAUGCGCUUGAGAAGCUUGCCCGUCUUUCCGCGCAAUCUUCACCGACCGCGACUACAUCCUCCGAUUUCUCGCGGCUGUUAAAGAGAUGUCCGGCUGCAUCUGGAGCCCAGAAUGGAUCGAGUGGAGCAGAUGAUGUUCCCCGGGCGCGUACGGCGAUGAGAUUGCAAGAACUGGAAGCCAUCCUAGCCCUAUGUAAAGCCGCGCCGUUCGUUGAGUCGCUCGAUGUUGCAGCGCCACUCCUACACCGGUUGUCGUCGUACCUACCCGAGUCGUUCGCUCAGAUACUAUCACCAACUCCAAGUCUGCGCAACAUCGAGCCUUCGCCAUACGAAGUCCUCACAUAUAGCCUGACAUCUGCAAUUCUCUCACUCGGGGUUCGCCAUGACCAGCUACGAGGGCAGGUUGCUACGGCUAUUGCAAGCUAUGUGGACAAGUGGACCGCUGCAGCUACCGAGUUGUCGGCGGAUCAGUUUGACGACGACGAAAGAAUGGAGUAUGCUGCGGACGGUGAGCUUUCACGUGUCAUGACACAGAGUCUGUCUCUCCUGGGCCUUUUGAAUGCUGCUGCUGAGCAUGCAAGGUUCUGGACCGCCUAUGAACGCCUUCAAAUCGUCGAGUAUGUGCGCGAAGCCAUGUCCGAGAAGUUUCACAUAGCUUUCGAGACUGCUCUUUCUAUUGUGCGUAAUGCGCGCCCACAUCAGCACGGCUUGAAAGAGUGGAAGCGCUAUACGAAGCAUUAUGCAGCAAUCGGACGACCACUCGGCGCCAUGAUCCUUCACGAUGCUUUUCUAAAACUUGUGGUUGCAUCUGCCUCGAUAUUAGUCGAAACCCCGGACCGUAAAGCCCAGGAAUCUAUCCUCGACCACUUGCGGUCGUCACCUAAGCCCAGCGCGUCGCUUGGGGAUGCCUCUGAGGACGCGCUCGCGGAAGGACUCACGAACAUUGCCGUAGAAGAGAUGGAGCGGCUGGAAAACAAUAUUGACUACCUGCAGCGUGUAGGAUCUGCCUGGCAGCAACGACAAGCAUCCUCGGUCAAAGCGAAGGUUAUCAUUACCUACUUGUGCUGUACAAUUUACGAUGAGCGUGUUGCGGACGCAGAUGUUUUGACGGCCUGGCUCGACAAUGUCCUGAAUGACCCAGUACAGAGUGCGGAUGACGACCUAGCAUCCACAGUCUUGAAAUCCUUGGCUAUCCUAGCUGGGACGUCUCCAUCCAUGGCAUCGAGUUUGGGUCGUUCGCUGCCACGUACGAUUGUCCAGGGCAACUUCGACCACCGAACCACAUCGAUUGCAGCCAAUUCACUCGCCGCAGUUCUUAGUCUCUUGCCUCAAGAUGCCAUCAUCACGACCCUGUACAGUCUUGGUAACAUUAUAAGUGCGGGUCCUGCGACAGACAGAAAUAUGACUGCAUCGCCGCCCAUGUUGAAUGGGGCUGAGAAGACCUCCCGCACUGCUGGUAUCUACAAUCAUCAGCAUGGCAGUACUAUAUCACUUGCACCCAGUGACGUGGAGGAGCCGCAUCACGUACACACUACUGUCGUGGAGACGGUUGUAUCUGUUGCGAGGAAUUGCAAGGAUGAGAAAGUCACGGCACUGGCUUUGUCUAUGCUCAUUCAAAAGGUGGGACGAUCGGGCAAAGCAGUCGACGUCAAGAUCAUCACCGAAUCAGCGUUCCUAGGAAUUCACAGUCCGCCGGGAGAGUUCAGGUCACUACUCAAACUUUAUUCCAAGUUGUGUCACGAUGCUAUUGUGAAGGAUGAUCGCGUUUUGCUGGAAGCCGUCAUGAAUGCGCGCCUGAAUAUCUCAAGAGAAAUAUCUGCAACAGACCCAGGUUUUGAGACGUACCUCACCCACCUCCUGGACACGAUUGUCAGUAAGGGAGAUGCUCACGAGACGUCGCAUCGGCAUUUGCGGGAUACCGAAUUGGCAGCUCAGGAGAUAGCCCAAUUACUGAAACCUCUUGCCCUCCUCCUAGCACGCACCGCCGAACAUACCGACUUCUCCCAGCUAGAUGAUUGCAUCAGCACUCUUCAUCGUGAUGCUUGGUUCAACAUCGUUGUACACGGCUUUGAUCUCUCGUCCGAUCUUGGCAAGCAGCACAUUGAAGAACUCAGGACCCUAGCUCGAUUCAGUAAACCUUUGAUUGCGGAAGAACGUCCAUCACUUUCAGAGAGUGAUAUUGAGCUGAACACGGUGUUGCGCCGUGGUAAAUCACCUGAACAUACUAACGAGCAUAGGAAGCGUUUGGCCAUGUCACUUCCUUCCUGCGAGGCCGACACCAAAUCACUCAGCUACUCGGAGGCAGUGUUCCUCAAUACUGCAUACUUGGUAGAAGAUCUCCGAGCCAGCACAGGUGAUUGUACUAAGGCGUUGGCUUACUUUCUGGACCCGAAGCUACGAAGUGGCGCUGUAGGUAACUGCAUGUCAGCAAUUACGACGACAGCAGUUAGGACCUAUCUGAACAAAACUCUUUCUGGUCAAUCUCACGCCUUCUCUACGCCAUAUCUCGCACAACAAUUAGCGACAAUAUUUGCGGCAUGCUGUCACCGCAUCGCCAGAGUUCAGCAAGCUGCUACAUUAUGUGCAGACAUGAUCAUUCGCGAGGUGCCUUCGACUCUGUGUCAAAAGAGCGCACUGUUUGCUCUUGUGGAGCUUUUGUCAAUGAUGUGGUACAGUUGCCUCGAGGGUGAAACCGAUGAAUAUACCUGGAAGUCUACUUUCACUUCGAAGAAAACGAACAUCGUGGUAGAGUUGUCCGAUGACUACAAUUUCAGACGCGCGACUCUGGAUUCUCUACACAAGCGCGCUACAGCUUGGAUCAAGGGUGCCCUGGACGCAGCCCCUCUAGACAUCAAAGGGCUUCUCCAGACAUAUCUUUCCGAGUUUGAUGACGACUCUUCUUACGGACACGUCUCUCUCGGGCGUUCCUUUGCUUUGGAGAUGGGAUCUGUCAUCCCAUCCACUGAUCAACGUCUGGGCGCUGUGGAACGACAAGGUAUCAAUAUCAACACUGCAUCAGACUUCAUCACCCAGUAUACUACCAGACAGGAAUACAAAUUUCUGGAUGUAGUAGACCAGGAAGAAGAGUGGCUGAAAGGCGGGCCCUCUUCUGGAAAUACCUCCAGUAUUCUUUCUCGCAGCAUACAAGACGCAACAAACCUCUUGCUAGAUCUGGAGAAUCGCACAUUGAGCCACAAGCAUGUCACUAUCGCAGAGCUGCGAGACAUACUACGUAGAGCAGCUGCGCUUUUGUGCAGGGUCAAGAUGGACCAAUCGCCUAUUGUUCAGCAUUUGGUCGGAAUUCCUUUCGCGGUGUUUUCAAAGCAGUCCAUCAAGCUUGGCAUAUCAUUGUGGACGAGCGUAACCAAGGAGAACCCACGAAUGGAGUCUCGCAUUCUGGUUGCAAUCGCCGAAAACUGGGAGAAUACAGUACGAAGGCAACGGGGUCUCUUCAGCCCUGCUUUGAAGCAUCCAGACCCUUUCUAUGGUAAACAAGAGUUUGCUGCUACAGACAAGGAGGCUCUUUCUAAACACCAGCAACACAUCUACAACCUGAUAGCACCUCAUUUUCGACUGUUGCAGUUCCUCUCCAGCCAUUUCAGCGCAUCGCGGCUGAGCAAGCCGGAUAUUGAGCAUGUGUACGUUCGAUUGAUACACAUCACCCUCGAUGCGAUGAGCACGGGCUGCUCGCAACCUCUCGCACGUGAAGCAUACUUCCAUACCAUCUUGUUGGGGUUGCGGGUUGCUCGUCAUUGUACUACUCUGUCGGCAGUUAUCAGAUGGCGUUUGAUGGAUCGCAUCCUGACUGCUGCUUUGGCAUGGUUUGCUAGAGCGCCACAAUGGUCGUUCGGUGGUAAUCGCCUACAAAUCAAGGCUGAGACCCACGUUCUAGCGGAUGUACAGGCCAAUCUCGACGUCCUCGGAAGGCUGACAUUGACUACGGACUCCGCUCCGAAACACCUCAAGGCGAAGCAGGAUCUUUUGUCACUGUUGAUCACUAGUGAGCAGACUCGUCUGACGGUGUGGCUGUUUCCUCUGGACUAUGGCAAGAAGAGUCAUUUUACGUCUGGGGCAAAAGGUGGACUCUUGGAUACCGCUGUGACGGCCCAUCUCAAGACAGCUUGGGCAGAAAAUCCUGCCAUCGCUGUGCAUCUCCCCAAGCGCUUUCAGUCUCAGCGCCUGAAUACUGAAGUUCGUUGGCAAGUGCUUAACUUCCCUCACAAAGUCCUAGACGAACCGGAUGCUCUCGAGAUACUUCUCGGUAACCAGUUACCAAGUGAUGUGUCGUUCCAGUUGAAGUACCUGUUGUACUGGGCUCCGGUCAACCCCAUUACGGCAGUCACGCUCUUCAUGCCAGCGUACGGUAACCACCCCUUCAUCAUUCAAUACGCUAUGAGGGCGCUGGAGAGUCAUUCCGUGGAUGUCAUGUUCUUCUACGUCUACCAGAUUGUCCAAACGCUCCGAUAUGAUGUUCUCGGCUACGUCGAACGGUACAUAAUCGAGACGGCGAAGUUUUCGCAGCUGUUCGCUCAUCAGAUCAUCUGGAACAUGAAGGCAAACGCAUACAAGGACGAGACAUCUGAAAUUCCGGACCCAGUGAAACCUACACUCGACAAAGUCAUGGGGAGUCUGGAGUCAAGCUUCUCGACGGAAGACAGGGCGUUCUACGAGCGCGAAUUUGCCUUCUUCAACGAGGUCACUGGCAUCUCCGGAACGCUUCGUUCGGUUCUCCACGAGCCCAAGGAGGUCAAGAAGCAAAAGAUCGAAGAAGAGUUGCGCAAAAUUCAGGUCGAGGUCGGCGUCUAUCUUCCAAGUAAUCCAGACGGACAAGUCAUCGGUAUCGACAGAAAAUCUGGCAAGCCCCUGCAGAGUCACGCCAAAACACCCUUCAUGGCAACUUUCCGCAUCCGCAAGAACAAACCCGUUGUAGACAUAGAAGAGGUCGAGGAGAACGACCGCGUUGUGGAGAAGGACAACACCUACGAGACGUGGCUCUCCGCCAUCUUCAAAGUAGGUGACGACUGCCGCCAGGACGUACUCGCUCUGCAGAUGAUCGCCGCUUUCCGUGGUAUCUUCAACACGGUCGGCCUAGACGUCUGGGUGUUCCCCUACCGCGUCACCGCCACGGCCCCUGGCUGCGGUGUCAUCGACGUCCUACCCAACUCGAUAUCACGCGACAUGCUCGGUCGCGAAGCCGUGAACCGCCUCGACGACUACUUCGUGAGCCGCUACGGCAACGAAGACUCGAUCCGCUUCCAGGAGGCACGCAGCAACUUCGUCAAGAGCAUGGCCGCGUACAGCGUCAUCUCCUUCCUCCUGCAGUUCAAGGACCGGCACAACGGAAACAUCAUGAUCGACGACGCGGGCCACAUCAUCCACAUCGACUUCGGCUUCUGCUUCGACAUCGCGCCCGGCGGCAUCAAAUUCGAGCGCGCCCCGUUCAAACUCACCGCCGAGAUGAUUGCCGUCAUGGGCGGCUCGACGACGUCGCAGCCGUACAGGUGGUUUGAGGAGCUCACUAUCAAGGCCUUUUUGGCGGCGAGGCAACACUGCGAUCAUCUGAGUCAGAUUGUCGAGGUCAUGCUUGAUAGUGGGUUGCCGUGCUUUAAGCCCGAGACGAUCAAGAACUUCAGAGAUCGCUUUGUGCUUGAGAGGACGGAGAGGGAGGCUGCGGAUUAUAUGAGGGGCUUGAUUCAGAAGAGUGCUAGUAGUUACUCCACCGGCACGUAUGAUCGCUUCCAGCUCAUCACUAAUGGGAUUCCGUACUAGGGUUGUUUGUGGGGGUACGUGUUCAUAGAGAGGGGGAGAUAGAAUGCAGUCUUUCUACACAUGUGUAUCAUUUGGCUUUAUUCUUGAUAACGUUUUGUGUGUUUACGCGUUGA